CAGGCAUUUAUGAAGAUCAGAAAAAUCGUUUAAAACUGACCUCAUUCUCGUUGUUGUCAUCUUCACCAUCAUCUACAACAACACCUCCACAACCAUGUGCGAGAAUUGAGUUCUGUAAGUGCCUGCAGAAUGUCAUCACUGACAAAUAUAAUGGCUCGAUACUUUCUGUGUCUUUCGGCUUCCAUCUUAAUCUACGAUCGGUUCUAUCUUUCAAUCUACGCCAUCAGUGACAUGCCCAGAGAUUUAUCCAAGUAUCAAGUUAUAAAAGCUGAAGAUAAGGAUGAACCUAGAGUCACAUUUCACAUCAAAGCUGACGUUUGCAAUAACACUAUGCAGCUCUGUCGCAUCAAACUCACAACACAUGAGGCAGGAUAUGCCGUGGAUAAAUGCAAGUUUUGUGUCCAAAACAAAUCCUGUAUCAGCAGCAAUAGAUAUGAUUCGUGUUCCUGUAUACAGUCUGAGAAGGGAGACAUCAUCUACUACAACGACACAGUUCACUUCACUGCAUCAAACAUUCAAAUCUUCUUCUGGUUAGCAACGACUGUGAGCUCGCUUGAAACAGAGAAACCAGUGGAAACAGUCUUUGUGAUUCGUGAAUCAGAAACGAAACAAGUGGUUGAGUUAACGGCCCCGGAUGUAAGGUGUUCCUGUCCAGGACUAAUCGCAGUCACAACGGUCAGUGUUUUAUCUGUCAUCGUUGUUGUUAUCGCUACGACUUUCACCAUUAGAAGAAGCAAUAAAACCAAAGGUCAAUCUUCCAGUAAGUAUAAUAUCAGUUCCUCGUCACACUGUAGCAGAUAGUGAAUCAGUUUACCAUCCUUUACAACAACGGGUCAUAGCAGUAAUAGUAAUAUCCACUGUAGCAAUAGUUAGGUUCAUGUUUUGUACAAACCUCUUCUACAAAACAUCUAUGUAUCUUUCUUUAUAUGUGUUCACAAUGUAAGCGCAACAACGCGGGACGUUUCAUCGGAAACAAACGCACAAUUCUUAUACCUACAACAGUCUACAUUUACAGAGACACACUUCAGUCAGUCUAACAGAAGGUUGGAGGGAAAUACGUUUGCAGGUUAGGUCAGGGCUAAGACUAGGGGCUUACAAUCAUUUACAACAAACAUUUUUACAUUUGUAUUACUUAAUUUAUUUUUACUUCGUAAUUUCUUCUCUUUUUGAUGACAUCUUCCUCCACUACCUAUGUCAACCCUGAUGUACCUCCUUUUUAAGUUUAUGAAUAAAUUAUUAACAUAACCAUUUCAGAACUGAUUAACCAGAUGGACAGUACCCUAGGGGCUAUUUGAUGAAGAUACAUAAGAGUCGUGGUUAUUUUAUUUGGUUCUUUACUGAACAGCGGUAAACAAACUGACGAUUUCAAAAGGCAGCAAUAGUGUGAAGAGGGACCAGCUGAUGACAGAUAGCUACAGAAUAACCGUCAAACAGAGAUCCAAGAUGGAUGACUGAGUGAACUAAUAUAAACAUCAGAUAGAUACAGGACCAGUUUGCCUUACACAUCUGAACUUCAUAUCUUGCCCAAAUAUGUCUGUUUGUGUGUGUCUGCGCGUUCAUUCUUUUUUUUAGUUUUUACAUUUUGCCAUUUACUGUGACAAACAUGAAGUGGCGACUUCUUCAGGUACGAAGUAAGUAUGCAAAUCUUUAUUUAUUAUCAAUGCCAUUCUAUUCUACUAUAGUUUAAAUAAUUUGAAUAUUGUGAGAUAAUAGAAUACGAGUAACACUGCGCUUGUUAUUUUGGCGACAAUAGAGAUAUCGGACCUUUCUCAUAUAUCAUGCUUUUGGUUGUUUGCAUUAUAAUUUCUUGACCUUUGCGUUUGAAUGGCGAGGAAACUCGUCCAUAUUUCCCGCAGACACUUGAGACCAUCCUAAACACAGAAAUAGAGGCAUGGGCUUUACCAUCUAUUUUAAUAAUAAUAGGAAUUCUCUCUCUCUCUUUCUCUCUCAAGAUGUUCAACAUCAUCAGUUAAAAUACACCAACAUGGUUCAAAGAUUUACAUGUACAUAAGUAAUAACAAAAAGGCUUUUAUUGGCAUUUUUUGUUCAUUUACACAUGGUAAUGCAUUCCUCAAACCUUAUAAGUUGUAUGUGUCCUGUGCUAUAUAUAUAAACUCCGACACAUAUAUCCAUGCAUGUGUUCAUGUAAAAAUAGACACAUGAUUGCCAGUGCAGUAAACAUGCCCCAUUGUACUUAAAGGUUGCACUAAUUAAGGGUAAGUAGCUCCAGUCUCUUCCUUUAAUCCUCUUACUAAUAUAGUUAAGGAUCACUUUCCUUCCCAGAAUAAUUUAGAAAUCAAAUCAACAAGCUUUCCAUUGCUUUAGGAAUAAAAGGAUAAUAGAAACAUAUCAACAAACCACUUGACAUUUUCUAGAUCAGACAAGCGGACGAACGAACAGAUAUAUCAAGAAGAAUAUUCAAUGAAGGCUUAAAGUCGUACUGAACAAGACUUUGCCGAACUGAGCUGCACCCGGUCACAUGUCUCAUGAAACUGCAAAAAACAUUGAGUGAAUGUACAGGUAUCUACUUGUGUAUCAGUAUAAUUAAUAAAGAAGAAAGAAGUUAUGGGCCUUUAAUGCGUGAAAAAAUCAAUCACGGCCCACUAGUGUAAAAAGAACCGUUGAAAUACCUAAAAAAAUGUAAAUUACUUAAAUAAAACAUAUGUUCAACAUAUUUAACAUUGUUAAUUUGUGGUUAAGGUGAUUGUCAUAUUUCCUUAAAUAAUAAUAAAAAGUUAUAAACAAAAUAUACGAUAAUGCACAAUGCAAAUACUUCACACGAGCAUCCACAUUGUGUAAUGUCAGUGACUCACAUACUUUUCAAAGUAAGCAUCUCUAAGUGGUCGACAGAUGCAAGAUCCUUUAUGACAGGGAUGCACAACCGACGGCCCGCGGGCCAUAUCCGGCCCGCGACGCAGUGCCAUCCGGCCCGCGAAA